ACUCAUUCGCGGCGCAAGCCCGUAGCUGUGGACGCUGCCUUGUUUUGGGACGCGAAAGCAUUGCUUUUGAUCGCUGUGAUCGCUGUGCAGCGCAUCGCAGCGCAACUGCGGCUGUUCACCACCGAGCAGCACAGCGAGUGCAAUAGACCAUGCUGCGAACCCUCGCCGCGCGCGGCGGCGCAGCGCUCGCUGCUACUAUACCGUACGCAGCAGCCGAGCAGAGCACCGAGGCGCCGCGCCAGCGCAAGACAUCCUCGCUGCAGCGGCGCAACUCCGUGGCGGCUCCAGCGGCGCAACUCCAGCGGCGCCAGACGACGGCGACGCCACCACAGACGACAGCGACGCCGCCACCAGAAAAACCGAAACCGACGCCGGACACCGCGCCGCGGGUCGGCGUCUUCUUGGACGACGCGUCGCGGAAACGGCUCGCGGAGAAAUGGCCCGACAAGGACAGCACGACGGCUUUGUUUGUGCUAGAUGAAGGGCUAGAAAAACGACCGGAGAUGUACGGCUCGCUCUACGGCGAAAGGGCGACGGUUCGAGUCGUCGGCGCCGACAGCGACGGUGCCCUGAGAGGGGCUUGUCUGUGCGACGGGACGGAGGUGAAGGCCAGUGGUUCAACGACGGCGGUGCUGAAGAUCGGUGAGGCGGCAUUCAAUCAUGCGGAACCGAAGAAAGCCGUGGAGGGGUCCUCGGGCGACCCGUGGCCACCUACCAAUGAAGCGCCGUUAAGUGGCACGGUCUGCCGCGCGGACUUUUGGAGGGACGAGACUUGUCUCGUGGAGCCUUCGUUAAAAUGCCCCCUCUGUCAGUUCAUGGAGGACUCGCCGUGUGCGGCCGUCUUUAAAGUGUGGGAGGCGUGUCUCGACGACGUGGAAGCGAAGAAUGGCGAACAGGACAAAGAGAAGAAAGAGGCGGACUUCGCGGUGGCCUGUGCAGAGCCGACGCUGGCUCUGAAAGCUUGCGUCGAGAAGUACCCCGACUACUUCGGGGAGAUGUUCGGGGCUGGCGAGUCGGCCGCGCCGGCGAGCGAGCCCGCGCCGCCAGCGCCUUGA